AUGGGAAUCAAAAACUUAUUCCAGAUCAUCAAAGACGAGGCGCCCGAUGCGGUCAAGGAGGGGGAGAUCAAGAACCAGUUUGGGAGGAAGGUUGCGAUUGACGCCUCCAUGUCAAUCUACUCGUUCCUCAUCGCCGUCCGCUCCGACGGCCAGCAGCUCAUGAACGAAGACGGGCAGACGACGUCUCAUCUGAUGGGCAUGUUCUACCGCACCCUUCGAAUGGUGGACAAUGGGAUUAAGCCGCUUUAUGUCUUUGACGGCGCGCCGCCCAAGCUCAAGUCUGGCGAGCUCGCCAAGCGGUUCCAGCGCAAGCAGGAGGCGCACGAGGGGUUGGAGGAGGCCAAGGAGACGGGGACGGCGGAGGAGGUGGAGAAGUUUAGUCGGAGGACGGUGAGGGUGACGAGGGAGCAUAAUGCCGAGUGUCAGAAGCUGUUGAAGCUGAUGGGGAUACCGUAUAUUGUUGCGCCGACCGAGGCGGAGGCGCAGUGUGCGGUGCUGGCCAGGGCGGGGAAGGUGUAUGCGGCGGCGAGUGAGGAUAUGGACACGCUGUGUUUUGACAGUCCGAUUUUGCUGAGGCAUUUGACGUUUUCGGAGCAGAGGAAGGAGCCGAUUCAGGAGAUUCAUGUGGCGAAGGUGUUGGAGGGGUUGGGGAUGCUCGAUCCCAUCCCCAAGGUUGACCCCUCGACCGCCCUCAAGCUCAUUCGCGAGCACAAAACUCUGGAGGGAGUGGUCAAGUUUAUGAAGGAGGAUCCCAAGAGCAAAUAUGUCAUUCCUGAGGACUGGCCCUUUGAGGAUGCCAGAGACCUCUUUUUCAACCCUGACGUUCGCCAGGCGGAUGACCCGCUUUGCGACUUCAAGUGGGAGAAGCCUGACAUCGAGGGGCUGGUUCAGUUUCUGGUCAAGGAGAAGGGUUUCUCUGAGGACAGAGUGAGGGGCGCGGCGGCGAGACUGGAGAAGAACAUGAAGAGCAGCCAGCAGAGCAGAAUCGAGGGCUUCUUCAAGGUGCAGCCCAAGACGGAGGAGCAGAAGAAGGCGCACAAGCGGAAGCUGGAGGAGCAGAGCGAGGCGAAGAAGAAGAAGCUGAAGGACGAGAAGAAGGAGAAGGCCAAGUUGAAGGCUAAGCCGAGGGGGACUGCUUGA